AUGUAUAGUCAGAGUAGUCAGAGUAGUGUAGCGUUGCAGGGGCCCAGCUCCUGUGAAGAGAUGGCCUUCACAGACCAUUAUGAGUUACUGAGGGCCAUUGGGCAUGGUGGAUUUGGCCAGGUGAACCUAGCCUGCCAUCGCCUCACUGGAGUAAAAGUGGCAGUAAAAGUCUUGCCAAAGGAAGGACAGAUCUUCCCAGUCCUCUCUGAACCGGAUAUGAUGAUGACAAUGAACCAUCCAAAUGUUAUCCAGCUCUUUCAGGUUAUUGAAACUCUUAAAAAUAUCUAUAUUGUAAUGGAGCAUGCAGGUGGGGGACAAUUAUUUCACCACGUCCCAGCUGGUGGCAUGCAGGAGGAGGAGGCCCGGAGAUUGUUCAAGCAGCUCGCAUGUGCCAUAGGCUACUGCCAUGAGAAGGGCAUCAUGCACCAAGACCUGAAGCCAGAGAACAUCAUGGUGGAUGCCAAGGGCAACAUCAAACUCAUAGAUUUUGGCCUCAGCACCAAGUUCAUGGCUGAGCGGAAGCUGAACAGGUUCUGGGAUACUCUCGCAUACCUUGCUCCCAAAAUCAUCCUGCAGAAAGAAUACAAGGGCUCCACUGUAGAUGUCUGGAACCUGGGUGUCAUUCUGUAUUUUAUGUUGACAGGAAGACACCCAUUUUUGCAGAGCACCUCUAGGCAGCUGCUAAAACAGAUUGUGCCCAGAAGGUACCACAUUCCCCACCAUGUUCCCACACAAGCACGAAGGCUCAUCCAUAAAAUACUGAACUUCAACCCCAAGCGGCGGCCCACAGUAGAUCAAAUCCUUCAGCACCCAUGGCUGAGGCAGAGUGAAUACUCACCCCAUCAUUAUAGAGAGGCACUCCCCAGACACCCAGACCCUGAAAUAAUGACACUCCUGUUUGAUAUGGGUUGUGACCCAUACAAAACCUGGGUGUCUGUGGCCACUAGAAAGUUCGAUGAUGCAAUGGCUACAUACCUCAUACUCCAGAACCAGAAAAGCCAUGGGGAAGGAUGCAUGUUCCAGGGGAAGCCUCCGAACGUUGGGCUUCACCCAUGCCCCAUGGAUCUUUCCAAUGUCCCUGUCCUCCCCAAGAGGAGUGCAAGUGAGCCUGCCCUUUGCACCUUCCCCUUUUCCUGUGAGCAUCAGCUGCCUGAAGAGGUCAAAGAGCCAGGGCAGAAAAGUAUCAGAAGGGCCAGCCUGCCUGCCAUUUCUCUUCGCUUUCUGCCUGCAAGGACUCCCACUCCCCGCAUAGUCUCUCAGCCUGACCAUGUGUUCCACAUGCUCCACCCCCAGAAGAUCCUCUGUAGGCGAGUUGCAGCAGCAGAAAGCAGCCAUUCCUUCCAAGAUACAUCCAGAGGGCAACCUCAUGACAACAGAAAGUGCUGGAAGGGGGUGACGAGGAGGAUUGCCAUCUGCUUUCAACAAAUCUGUUGCUGCAUGCCAUGUGUCAGCAAAAAAGUGGCUCCAGUGGAAGAAGGAGGGCAGAAAUAUACUAGGUUCAGAGACAGAGCAGCCCCAGUGGAACAGAGCUGA